AUGACCAACAAAGCACAAAAUCCAUCCACCAAGCAAGAAAUCACCGCCCACCUCGAACACCUCUCCAACCUCUCCCUCGAAGCCGUCAACAACCGCGACUUCUCCCCGACCUCCCCGGGAUGGAACUUCAUGGCCCCCUCCUUCACCUGCAACAUCCUCUACGACGUCAACAACGUCUACGGCGACACCACGAAUACGUCCCAACGACUCCUCGAUCUCGACGAGCAUCUCGCGCGCUUCAAGCGCAUGACGACCGAGUACCCCGAGUGGCGAUUGAAGUUGCUGUCGCAGAAUAUCGAGGUUGAUGUGGGCAAGGGGCGGGCGGAGAUUUUUCAUGUGCUGGAGAUUACGGGGCAUCCGCCGGGACUGGUGACGCAGACCGUUUUGGCGAUGGAGUUCGACUUCAGAGACAAUGUGACUGUGCUCGUCGGCCCAAGCGACUCGGAACGAAGCUUCUCCAUCCACAAAGAAGUCCUCUGCGCCCGCUCGAAGUUCUUCCGCGCCGCUUUAUCUUCCGGCUUCCAGGAAGAGAAGGAGAUGCUCUGGGCAUACAGCGGCCGUGUCGUGGCACUCUCACCAGAAGAUCUCGCGAAGGACGACAGCGGCAGCUCGACAAGGCUGGUAUACGCCGAGCUCUACAUUCUCGCGGACUACUUGGAGGAUACCCAACUUUGCAACACGGCUCUGAGUCUGAUGAUCAAGAGCUUCGUGAAGUACCGCCAAGGUCCAUCACCGAAACUUGUCAGGAGAGUAUGGGAGUCAACCAGGGAAAACAGCAAGAUCCGCCAGCUCAUUCUCGACCGGUACGUGGCAAGGGCCGACGAGGAGCGACUCAGAGCGUUUUGUGACGCCUUGCCUGCGGAGUUCUUCGUGGACUUGGCUAUCGAGUUUGCGAGGGUUAAGCCUGGCGUGGCGGCUGCCGAUGAGCUUGCAAAGGCUGGGAAGUACAAGUACCACGAACACGGUGAUGGUGUGCCUCCUUGCAGUUGA